AUGCCCUUGACCUUCUGUCCCAACUGCAGUAAUGCACUAACGAUCUCCCGUGCGGACCCAACUCCAAGACACCCUCUGGGGGUCAAUCGAUUCGAGUGCCGGACCUGCCCCUAUCAGUAUGUCCUGGAACAGAGUUAUUUCGAGAAAACAGAGAUGAAGCAGAAAGAAGUGGAGGAUGUCUUUGGCGGGAAGGAAGAAUUUGCGAAUGCCGAUAGCAUGGCUACCCAGUGCCCCGCAGAGAACUGUAAUGGCGACCGUGCAUAUUUCUUCCAGCUGCAGAUUCGAAGUGCAGAUGAGCCUAUGACUACAUUCUUGAAGUGUACCAGCUGCGGUGCUCGAUGGAGAGAAAACUGA